UUCGACUUGGUGUUAGGCAAAGGAGCCUUCAAGACCGUAUACAAGGCGUUUGACGAGGUGGACGGGAUAGAGGUGGCGUGGAACCAGGUGAAGGUGCGGGACGUGUUCCAGUCCAAUGAGGAUCUCGAGAGACUCUAUAGCGAGGUGCAUCUGCUCAAGACCCUUCGCCAUAAGAACAUCAUCAAGUUUUAUAACUCCUGGGUGGAUGCCAAGACCAAGAACGUCAAUUUCAUCACAGAGGUUUUCACCUCUGGCACGCUUAGACAGUACCGCAAGCGGCACAAGCAGUGCGAUGUGCGGGCGGUGAAGAGCUGGGCGCGGCAGAUCCUGCGCGGGCUGCUGUACCUGCACUCGCACGACCCGCCCAUCAUCCACCGCGACCUCAAGUGCGACAACAUCUUUGUCAACGGGCACCAGGGCGAGGUCAAGAUCGGGGACCUGGGGCUCGCGGCUAUUCUCCACCAGAGGGACGCUGCGCACAGUGUGAUUGGCACCCCUGAGUUCAUGGCGCCAGAGCUGUACGAGGAGGAGUACAACGAGUUGGUGGACAUAUACGCGUUCGGCAUGUGCGUGCUGGAGAUGGUGACGCUGGAGUACCCCUACAGCGAGUGCACCAACGCCGCACAGGUCUACAAGAAGGUCACUUCGGGCAAGAAGCCUCUGGCGCUGCAGCGAGUGAAGGACACAGCACUGCGCGAGUUCAUAGAGCUCUGCCUCGCCUCUGCCUCUCGCCGCCCACCAGCUCGAGAGCUUCUCAACCACCCUUUCCUCGUGGAACCCCACCGGCCCUCCUCUGGCCUUGCCUAUGCCUCCUCCUCCUCCUCCUCCGCUGUUUCUUCUCCCACUCUCGCUGCCACGGCGCCGCCGGUGGUGCCUGUGCCGUCCGUGCUGCCCCCUGCAACAGCAGCGGAAGCAGCAGCAAGCAUUCGCAGCAGUGGCAGCACGAUUAGCAGCAGCAGUGGGAGUGGUGCUGUGACGACUGCUGCCUUGCAUCCGUCUCUCUCUGCUCCGACUUUGCCGCUAGGAGGAGGAGCACACGUGGCAGUGCAGGGGAGCGCUGGAACGGGGAAGGAACGAACAGGGGGGAAGGAGAGGGUUGGGGGGAGGGAAGGGGGAAGGGAAGCGGGAAGGGUACGCCAAUCGCCCAUGAAGUCCCCUCGAAAGGGAAAAGGAUCGGUUGGAUUUGCAGACAGGAUUCCUGGUUCGUCUCCCUCCUUUUCUGCUGCUGCUGCUGCUGCUGCUGCUGCUUCUGCUGGUUCUUCUGCUGCUACUGCUGCUGGUGGUUCUUCUGCUGCUGCUGGUUCUUCUGGUGCCAGGGGCACUGGGGCGCUUGAAGCAACAGCGCAUCAUUCACCGCGCAAGGGCAGCGGGGGGGCAGUGUCCGAGCUGGGAUGGGGAGGGGUGGCGGAUAAUGCAGGGAGAACUGCAACGGGGAGGAUAGAGCACGGGGCGAUGAUGAGUGAACGGGGGUAUGACAGUGCAGGAGGAGGGUGGGAGCAGAGCAGCGGCAGGCGCCUUAAGCCGUCCCAAAACGUGGCUUCUAUUGCUCGGUAUACUGGAGGAGGUGGUGCUGAAGAGAGGGGCGGGAAGAUAGUGGGGGGGCAUGAAUCGCUAGGGUAUACAAUUCAUGGGCAGCAGCAGCAGCAGGUGGAGGGGCAGCAAGAGGAGGGGAAGCAAGAGGAGGGGCAGCAAGAGGAGGGGAAGCAAGAGGAGGGGCAGCAAGAGGAGGGGAAGCAAGAGGAGGGGAACGGCGAGGGUGUGUGCACGCAGCAGCAGCUCCUCGACCCUGCCUGCGUGUGCCUGCGCCUGAGAGUGGCGGAUGGCAAAGGUCGCUCGCAGGUCAUCCAGUUCCCCUACAGCGUCGCCUCCGACUCGCCCUCCAGUGUGGCGCAUGAGAUGGUGGAGGCCUUCUCUCUGCCCUCCUCUGCCGUCCAUGCCAUCUCCUCCUCCAUUCACCACCAGCUGCUCGCUCUCCUGCCCUCUGCCGCGCUUGCUAUUGCGGCUUCUGCUGCUGCUGCUGGGGAGGGCGCCUCUUCUAACGCCACUAGCACCUUUGCCUCUGCCCUCGCCUCUCCCCACUCGCCCAUGUGUCAUCCAAACGACACCUGCGUCUGUAGCAGCAGCAGCGAUACAGCGGUGAUUGCCUGUGCCACGUCUCCCGGGAUAGACAGGGACAGUGGGGCUUUCGAGGGAUCGGGGGGCGUGCGUGAGGGAGAGGGAAUGGGAAGGCACGUGAAUGGUGACACUGAGGGUGGUUGGGCAGGUGCGGAGGACAGAGGGAAGGAAAGGAGUGAUUUUAAGGAGGAGGUGGAGAGGGGUGACAGAGUAAAAAAUGCUUUGCUGGCAGAUCAGCAGCAUGACAAGGGGGGUGAGUUGAUGGGUGGUAUGGGCGUGGCCAACACUUGCCUUGUUUGCAAGGAAAACGAUACCAAAAACAUUGCCGGAAAGUGGGUAGAAGAGAGGGAGGGGAGUGCCAAGACAGAGGCUGGGGAUCGUGAAGACUCAGGCCAGUCAAAUGGUGUGGUUGUGGUGGAAGCACAGCUGCUGCGGGGGCAGUGGGUGCGGUAUCAGCAGUGGGUGCGGUAUCAGCAGUGGGUGCGGUAUCAGCAGAGGAGUUAG